CAAUAGUUUAGUCUUAGUCUCACAGUUGGACCACCUGAUGUCCUCCCUGUUUUAGACUUGGAGAAGUGAAACCAUGCGGAAGUCUCAGUUACGUAACGUCUGUUUUUAACAGCAUUUAAUAACGAAUGCGGAGCAGUUAUUAAAUGCUUGUUAAAACAACGGGAAUCCUCGUAAUAAGUAUUUGUUUAUUUCACUUUAGCCACCCAUAAGCUAGCAGCCACAACCCGCAGGUCUACUUUGUGGGUGUUAGCUGUCGACAAAGUUUCUGUUUUGAAGUUCAGAGAAAGUGAAAGUGAAAGGGAGGACACGCACAGCUCAUAAAGCGCAAAUGAAGGUCGUGUCAGUGCUGUAUCGCCUCACAAGACGACUGUUUCUGCGUAGCAUGGCCUGGUUUAGCAACAACAGACUUUAUCCUGCUGUUGAGUGGUUAUGGAGGGCACUGGGUCUCUUUUGGCACUGUAUGGAAAGCAUGUUUAGUCCAAUAGUCUAUGCGUUUGUACCGGUACGCUGGCGAAAGGAUCACGGAAGCCAAGUGGAGCCUGAAAUAAAUCCCGAAGUCAAACUUAUAGUGAGCAGUUCUCCUAAAGAGGACGAGGAGUCCCGCGGUGAGGGUCAACCUGAGACUACCGCCGAGAAGAGGGCCGCAGACUGCAACCAAGAGCUCGCCUGCAGCAAGCGGCAGAGGUUUGACAAAAAUGAAGGUGAGUUUGACGAAGAUGGUGAGCAGUGUGCCGAAGAUGGUGAGCAGUGUGACGAAGAUGGUGAGCAGUGUGACGAAGAUGGUGAGCAGUGUGCCGAAGAUGGUGAGCAGUGUGACGAAGAUGGUGAGGAAUAUCGAGUUGAAACCACAGAUGAGUUUUAUUGUGGCUAUGACUCAACCUGGGAGACCGAGGAGCACCAUGAGAGCACAUCCCUGAGGACUUGGCGACCUGCUGCGUCCAAACAUCAGUACAAGUUCAACAGAUUUGAAAAUGCCGCAAGAGACAUGCAGAACUACAGGCAUGACUACCCAUCCCAGACCAGGAACAAUCCCAUAUCUGAUGACCAGCCUAAUCUGAAGUUCUACCUCGGACAGACACGCUCUGUACCUGACGAUGUCUACAUACACGAAUUCCACAAAGAAUGGCAUCGACAGUAUGACAGCCUGGAGAAGGUGCACUCCUACAUUCAAUGGUUGUUCCCACUGCAGGAACCAGGGAUGAACUAUCAGGCCAGUCCACUGACAAAAGAAGAAAUAAGGGAGUUCCUUCAAAAUGACACCGCAAAGGCAAAUCUGUUGAAGUCGUACAAACUCAUGUUGGACUUCUAUGGUAUCCAGUUGUGGGAUGAAAAAACAGGAGAAGUGAAGAGAGCAUCACACUGGAGAGACAGAUUCCACAACCUUAACAGGCACACUCAUAACAACCUGCGCAUUACUCGCAUCCUGAAGAGCCUGGGAACCUUGGGGUACCCUCACUACCAAGCCCCCCUGGUCCACUUCUUCCUAGAGGAGACUCUUGGCUUCGGAGAACUCCCGAAUAUCAAGGAGAGUGUUCUCAACUACUUUGUGUUCGCUGUCCGCAAUAAGAGACAACGCAGGAGUCUCAUCAAGUUUGCCUAUUUGAAAUAUGACUGUAAAGAUGAGUUUGUAUGGUGCCCAAAGAAAAUUCAAAUGAUAUGGUCGAGGCCGUCAGUGUCCGAGCACCAACAGGGAAUGAAAGGCAAAGAAGAUGCUUCUGAGCUCGACCUGAAUCAGUUGAGCCUCGACAACACAGAUGAAACCAAAGACGAGGCAAAUUAGGCUGCCGACGCAUAAUCUGUCACCGUACCCCAAGUCCAUUCUAUAUACUAAUGUAAGCUAUACUAUACAGUACUGGAUUCUGGAUAUAUAUGUAUACAACAGUAUGUAAUAUACUCACUUUUAUAGAAUAUAACUACCCAAAUAUUGACGGUAUUUAGUAUGCACAUUGUCUGCUUUGAGUAUACUUUACUAGUAUGAACACACUACAUAUUAGAGCCUGCUUAGUGUGUAAUACGGAUUUGGGACAGUGUGCAGAUAAAAUAUUCAGUGACAGAGGCAGGUGCACUCAAAAUACUUAAUGAUCUUCUUCAGUAGUUUAUACAACGGUUUGUUAUGCUUUGCUGUUACUUUAAUAAUUACUUAUGCAAAUGCUUUUGUAUUCUUUUAGGUUUCUUGACUUAUAUGUUUCCAUUUCUUUCUUAAUUGACUUUCACAAACAAAAAGGUGCAACAUUCUGAACUGGGUAAAUACAUUUAAAUAGGUUUGAUUGGUUAAACCUCAAACGAUUGUCCAAAUCAUCGUCUAAAAUCUUUGGUCCAAUAGAUUCUGUUGACUUAUUCAGUUUGCGAACAUCCUGCCGUUUUCCUGGUCUUGGAUUUCUCACCCUUAAAUGUCUUAAUUUUUAACAUAAUGGCACUAUGCAUAUUAAUGAGAUUAGAUUCACAUAACAUUUUUGUACAGAGUAUGGCCAAAAUAAUGUCAAAUAGUGGUUCUGUAUUAGUAGGGGUGCAUUUAAGGCUUGAUCACUGAAAGUUCAUUCUAUCAUUGCCGUGUUUGGGAGUUGUAACUGCUUAACUGCAUUAAAGUGACCUAAAGGUUUGGUGGGAAUGUUUAAGGAGUGUUUAUCCCCUAACUUUUGAUUAAAAAUAAUUGGUCCUACAAA